AUGAAGUUCCUGGUGUCGUUCCUUGUCUUGGUCUUCGCCGCUGUGGCCCAGGCCAUCAGCUCGAGUGGCAGCAGGCUGCUGGUCAUCCUCGAAGAUGUCGCCGAGAAGGCUGGCUACUCCAAAUUCCUGGCCGACUUGGAAGGCCGAGGAUUCGACAUUGCCUACGAGACCCCCAAGAGCGAGAGCCUGAGCUUGUUCCACCUGGGCGAGAGGUCCUACGAUCACAUCCUGUUUCUACCUACCAAAUCCAAGGGUCUCGGCCCCAACCUGACACCCAACAUCCUGCUGCAAUUCAUCAAUGCAAACGGAAACAUCCUCCUGACCCUCUCCUCCUCGACUGCCACCCCGUCCUCCAUCGUCUCUCUCCUUCUCGAGCUCGAUAUCUACCUUCCGGCUGACCGCCAAGGUCUCGUGGUCGACCACUUCAACUACGACGCCCUUUCCGCCUCCGAGAAGCACGAUGUGCUGUUGCUCCAGCCUCCUGGUGCCCUCCGAGCCGGUGUCAAGGACUUCUUCAGCGACGCCUCAGUCAUUGCGUUCCCCAAUGGUAUGGGCCAGACCCUUGGCGAAGGUGCCCUCCUUGCGCCGGUCCUGCGCGCUCCCGCCACAGGUUACAGUUACAACCCUAAAGAGCAGACCGAAACCGUCGACGAUCUCUUCGCAAGCGGGUCGCAGCUCUCCCUCGUGAGCACCAUGCAGGCCCGCAACUCGGCGCGCUUCACCGUCGUCGGCUCGGCCGACAUGCUGAGCGACAAGUGGUUCGACGCCAAAGUGAAGAAGGUUGGCGAGAAGGAUACUGUCAAGACUGGGAACCAGGAAUUUGCAAAGGCCAUCUCGGGCUGGGCUUUCAAGGAGACUGGCGUGCUGCGCGUCAACUGGGUUGAGCACCACCUGAAUGAGGAGGGUGCGGGCAACGCCAGCAACCCCAAGAUCUAUCGCAUCAAGAACGAUGUGACCUACUCCAUCUCUCUGUCUGAGUACUCGUGGGACAAGUACAUCCCCUUUACGGUGCCCGAGUCCGACGAUUUGCAGCUGGAGUUCAGCAUGCUUUCAGCUUUCCACCGUCUCAAGCUGAACCCCACCAUUUCCUCUGCCGACAGCACCACCUACUCCUCCUCAUUCAAGCUGCCGGACCAGCACGGCAUUUUCAACUUCAUGGUUAACUACAAGCGACCCUUCUUCACCAAUGUCGUGGAGAAGAACACCGUUUCCGUACGACACUUUGCCCACGACGAGUGGCCACGCAGUUUCGCCAUCAGCGGCGCUUGGCCAUGGUUAGCGGGUAUUGGUGCCACUGUCACUGGCUGGUUGGCGUUCUGCACGGUCUGGCUGUACAGCGCACCCGCGGCGACGAGAGAGAGCAAGAAGACACGAUGA